AUGAGCGCAAAUCUGUCCCCGAAACACCACCACAUCGUUUUCCUUCAGGCCGAUUAUUGCCCUAUUCCCAACUUUCGCUUCCCGCCUGGUCAUACUUUUACUACGGCUGUCUAUCAGCAGACUUCACUCUCAGAACUCCAUUCACGUAUUCAUGAUGCCUCAAUUGUUGUGUUCUCAUAUAUCCCAUUUGACGCGCACACUCUCUCCCCGGAGGUGACACCGCAUCUCAAACUCAUUGCCGUCGCAGCAGUGGGCACGGACUGUAUUGAUCUCGAAGCAUGCAGAAAGAGAGGGAUCAUUGUGAGCAGGUCCGUUGGCGCAAAUGUGGAUUCAGUUUCCGAGCAUGCAAUCGGACUGUACUUCGCUUCCCGGCGGCGCAUACUGGAUAUGCACAUGUUGACGAGAGCGGGCGAAUGGGCGCACAAAAAAGGAACCAUCAUGUAUCAACUUCUCGACAAGCACGGCCAGCCUCCUUUGAGUUGCCAAGAUGAAGUAGUUGGUAUUAUUGGAUAUGGGGUUGUUGAUCCUGCAACAUCAUCGUCACUGAGCACGGUCGAUAACAUCGAGCGAGCUCCAUUCGAUGCGGUCAUCAGACAAAGCACGGUCAUUUUCGUGGCAGUGCCGCUUAGCCCGUCAACGCGGAAUCUCAUAUCCAACCCAGAGUUGAAAAAUAUGUCACCGCAUACGGUCAUCGUCAACGUCUCCCGCGGAGGAAUCGUAGACGAAGAUGCACUACUCGAGGCUUUGAAAAAGGGUACAAUUGCCGGCGCGGCCACGGAUGUCUUCCGUCAAGAGCCCGCUGGAUUGGAUAACUCUCCGUUACUGUCCGAUGAGGCAAAGAAUCUUAAUCUCAUUGUCACUCCUCAUCUAGCGUGGCUAUCGAAGAAAACCUUGGCCAACUAUUCGCAGAUGGUCCAGCAGGCCAUUGAAGGAUGGAGUGCAGGACAGCCAUGCAAUGUCGUGACAUGA